AUGACCUCGGUACUGGCAUCCCAUCCUGGUGAUAUCCAACUGGCUAUGUCUCCAACACAGGAGCCAACCCCGCCAGAGAACAAUAGAAUGGACGACGAUGGUCGCGCCCGGUCGCUAAGCCAGGGUGACCUGAAGGCGGAGGCUCAUGAUAAUGAUAUAGACGACGACCACGCCGAUGAUGGUGGGGACUCGUCCGAGGGUGAAGACGGGCCUGCGCGGAAACGGCGCAGAAGUCGCAAGGGACUGGACAAGAAGUUUGAAUGCCCUCACGACGGCUGUGGAAAGAGUUACUCAAGGGCUGAGCACCUGUAUCGGCACCAACUGAAUCACAACCCCAAGCAAAUUUACAAAUGUGAUUUCCCUGACUGCACUCGGCAGUUUGUCCGGUUGGACUUGUGCAACAGGCACAGAGACAGGCACACGGCAAAAGGUUCAGCGCUCAAUCGAAGAGAUUCCAUGAUUGGACAAGUCUCACCUGCGGCUGAUGGUCGCCAUCCGUUCCCCCCUGGCUCACUCUCUCCUGAGGCCAACAGGCCCGGAAGUGGCUAUAUGGGACCUCACCCGCAUCCGCAUUUCCAGGAUGCUGCAGCAAGUCCAUAUGCUUCAGUGACAAACACGCCACCCGUGUUUCCACAUCCCAACGGACAGCACCACAAUACCGCUAACUACAUGCGAUCGAGCCCUGCAUACGGCCCCCUCCCGGGCCAACAACCACAGCCACAACAUCAGUCCCCGAAUGGUCCACAGAGACCUUCGGUGCAGACGAAUGUUGGCCCUUAUGGAGUCAUGUCCCCAGCGUCUCAGCAGGGAUACCAGAACCACCCGAGCGACACUCCUCAAUCCGCCACACCAUAUUCUGGGCAUACCAACUUCCCUCCCUUCAGCCUGCCGCCGUCUAAUUUUGCAUCGACAGUAUCGUCGGCUACUGUGCCCCGCGAUAGUGGACAAGCCUAUACACCACAACAAGGUGCGAGUGAGUACCCCCAGGGGCAGCCCCAACCCGCUGGUGAGAUGGUACUUUUGGAGAAUAUGACGAGCCAGACGACUAUACCUGUAUUUGGGAGCGACAGUGUUCUUAAUAAAUCCCCUUAUGUUGGAAUGCCCGAAGAUUUCAUGGCCUAUUUAUUUAACACCCAGGGACCUGAUGGCAAUCCCAUGAAUCACAUGGUACCCCAUUAUAACAAUUACGGAGACCCUGCUUCUCAAUAUAGUGUCCCAUACUACGGAACAGAGCCUAAUCAGAUGGGCUAUUUCCCAAAUGCUGGGCCACAGCAAGUCAUGGCAGUCAACAACUUGCUGGACCAAAACCUUCCCGAGACAGUACUUUCUGAAGAGAAAGCCAACGAGAUCUUUGAGUUCAUCAGAGAGCGAUUCCAUGAGAACGGGCGCGCCCCAGUCGAGCACAAGAGGGAAAGCUUCAUCGAAGGCGAGCGAACCGACGAGCAUAUGCUGAGCCGCAAGAUGAUGCAGGCCUAUAUUGGCUCGUACUGGUUGCAUUUCAGCGACCAAAUACCUAUACUUCACAAGCCUACAUUUUCCCCAGACCGGACACCAACCCUACUCCUCAUCUCGAUGAUGACAAUUGGCGCUGCAAACCUCGACAAGGCUCACGGUCAAAAGGUCACAGAUCUUGGGGCUGAACUGUCGAAUUUCUUGGCCUGGCACCUUAGGUGGGAAACCUUCAUGGACACGAACUUCAGGCCCCCGGCGAAGCUGUGGGUGUUCCAAACGCUUAUACUCUUGGAAUUGUAUGAGAAGAUGUACUCGACGAGGGAACUGCACGAGCGGGCACAUAUCCACCACGCGACAACCAUCACCUUGAUGCGACGCGGCCGGUCGUUGAUUGGGAAGUCCGCUUUAGACUCCCCUCCCAAUCCAAGAGACGACAAGAUGGGCUCCCGGCAUUCAUCCACUUCUGGAGUUGCCCACACGCCGGAUGAGUGGUGGAACCACUGGAUCACCAACGAGGCCACCCGUCGUGCUGCUUUCGCGGCGUUUGUUAUUGACUCGAUACAUGCAACAAUGUUCGGGCAUUCCACGGUGAUGGUGGCACACGAGAUGCGUUUGCCUCUGCCUUGCGACGAGAAGCUCUGGAGGGCCCAGAGUGGAGCCGAGGUUGGCCGAAUCGAGGCGAACUUCUACUCUAAUGGCAUCAAGCCCGUACCGUUCCUUGAGGGCUUGAAGCGCACGCUCAGUUCUCAGGAAGUUCAGACGAACUCUUUCGGAAGAAUGAUUCUUAUGGCUGGACUACUGAACGUCAGCUGGCACAUGAACCAACGAGAUCUUCAGGUGAACUCAUUGGGGGGCGGUGUUUCCUCUGCCCUGGGCGGACGGGAUAAGUGGCGCGGCACGCUCACGCGAGCUUUCGAUUCGUGGAAAGGAGACUUUGAUAAGUCACUGAAACGGGGCGACAAUCCAUCCGAUCCGUACAGCAGUUUUGAACCAACUGACCGUAACGAUGCGAAUGCCGUCUUUGAGAGCCGUGUCGUCCUGCACAACCUCGCACACCUGGCCAUGCAUGUCGACAUUGUCGACUGCCAGAUUUUCGCGCGGGCCAAGCGCCUUCUGGGCAGAGCCAUCGGGGCACAAGACCUCAGCAGCGCCCAGCGACGCAUGAAGGAUAUUUGGGCCCCUUCUGUCCGGGCGAGGGAUGCCACUUGGUAUGCACUGAAGUUCCUCGGCUCGGUCCUCCUGGAGCAGAGCGGAAACCCGCGCCCGAACGGCUACAACAGCCACCCGCAUUCGUACUCGGAUACAGACCUGCCCUACUGCGCUCGCGAAGACGUCCUCCUGAAUCGCCCGUGGGUGCUGUACUUCGCCGCGCUCGUGGUCUGGAGCUACGGGCACGCGCUGGAGGGGCCGUGCCCGGACGCCGUGGUCCCGACCUCCAAGGCGGAGCGGGUCCGUGAGAUGAGGGAGUACCUGAUGUCGUACGGAGGGACCAGCUACCCGGAGGACCUGAGGACCAUGAAGGGGCUAAACAAGAACAGCUCUCUGAUGCUGGUGCUGAAGGACACUUUCCUCACGACGAGGUGGGAGCUGCUGCAUGAGGGCGCGACCCUGCUGAACAAUUGCGUGAAUCUCAACGCUGGGACAAUGAUUUGA